GGGGCUGCUUUGCUAACGUGCGGGAGGGCAGCUCCUUGCCCCCAUCCUUCCCACCAGGGCCAGUGGAGCAGGCAGAGCUGGGGCAGCGAGCAGGCUCCACUGAGGGCAUGGCAAGGCAUGCACCCACUGCCACUUAUCGCCCUUCACUGUGCAGAGCCCGGCUGCGGUGCUAGACUGCACCUGGCAAGAGCUGAUGGUGCCCGUCAGCCAUCCUGUCACAGCCCCAGCCAAGUCCCGGCGGCCUCAGGGAUGGCCAGGCUGAGCCCCAGCAGCCUGUGCUGGGCCCUGCUGUGGCCUGGCCAUCCUGGAGCGUGGCUGUGACAGGUUGGGGUCCCCUCCCGGAGGCCUCUGUGGAGGGUGGCGGUGUCAGGGCACACACGCUCCCGUCGUCUCCCGGCCCGCCGAACUCCGCCGCCGUCCCCAAGCACCGGGCACACAGUAGCCCGCCACACCCAUCAUGGCGGCAUCGCACUGACCGCCACGCACAUCAUGGCGGCCCCCAUAGGCCGUUGCCCCCAAGAUGGCCGCACUGCCCCAUCCAACCCGCCCGCGCCCAAGAUGGCCGCCCUGGAGGGCCGCGUGCCGCGCCCAACAUGGCGGCCGCCUGCCAGAGCCCGGCGGGCGAGCGGGCUGAUGACGCCACUUCCGGCGGAAGCUGCGGCCAGGCUCCCAUGGAGACGGGCGAGGGCCGGCCGGGGGUUGCGGCCACGCUGCGGGCCCUGAACGGGGCGCUGGGGCGGCCCGCCGCUCUCUGGGUGAAGGAGAGCGGCGCCCGCAACCUGCGGCACCGGGACUUCCUGGCGCCCCGGGCCGCGCUGAGCGCCGCUUUCCCCGGGGGCCAGGUGCCCGCUGACGUCGUAGCGGGCGUGACGUCACUAAGAGGCCCGGGGGUGCUGGCGGUGCGGGGCUGUCAGGAGACGCCGGCGGGGCUGGCGGUGCAGGUGUGGCGGCCGCAGGCCUUCGAGCGCCUGUUGGGGCCACAGCCCGCCCCGUCCCCAGCGCUGGGGGUGCAGGCGGGGUGGGUGGUGCUGCACUGCCCGGCUGUGCGCACCCCCGCUGCCCUGCGGCCCCGCCACCUCCGCUCCCUCUUGCUGGCCGACCACCUGGCCCAGCUGCUGCGCACCCAGGGGGUCGGCAUCCGCCUGGUCCCUGCGCUUGCCGAGGAGGGGAGCCGGGAUGUCCUGCGGCAGCUCCGCAUCGACUGGCCCUCUGGCUCCAGUGGCUCAGCACCCCCUGAUGCUAUCUCGGCCUUGAAGCGGGCCCUGGGCCGGUCCCCCUAUGCUGCAGCCUGUGAGCAGGGGCCAGGUGUAGCCAUGCUGCCUGAGGAUGUAAUCUCAAAAGUGCAUUUGAAGAGCUUCGUGCAACAGCAGGGCUUGGUGGGCUACGACCCCAAUCUAGAUGUCCUUCUUGUGACAGAAGGGAAGCUGCGGUCCCUGGCUGAGCUGCAGCAAGCUGUACAGCAGUGCACAGCUGGAGGUCAGGGGAGCUGCUGCAGCAUUGUACAUGUGGUGAGCUGUGAGGAGGAAUUCCAGCAGCAGCAGCUGGAUCUGCUCUGGAGAAUUUUGGAUCCAGGAGCCCACACAGCUUUGCAGAAGCACCUUGUCUGUGGGCCAGUGAAGGUGACAAACCCCUCAUCGCCCAUCGGGGCAGACCAGUACUUCCAGCUCCGAAAGCGCCAGAUGUACGAAGCCUCUGUGAUGAAGUAUGGGGAGCUUGCACAAGAUGAGGCCUGGACUGAGGUGAUUGAUACGCUCACAGUGGCUGCCAUCAGGUUUGAGAUGCUGAGCACUGCUCACAGGAGUCAGAUCACCCUGGACCUGGAGGACAGCAGCAUCUCCACGAAGGGAACCAAGAGCGGCGCCUUCGUGAUGUACAACUGUGCCCGGCUGGCCACACUCUUUGACACCUACCAGCGGGCUGUGGAGCAGGGCACAUACCCACCUCUCCCACCAGUGUCAGAACUGAACUUCUCCUGCCUCCGGGAAGAGGGUGAAUGGCUCCUGCUCUUCAACUAUCUCCUGCCCUUCCCUGAAGUCCUGCAGCAGGCAGCUGUGCUACCUGCACCCACCAAGGGGAUCCGGAUCACAGCCAACACAGAGACAGUGUGCAAGUUCCUGAUCCAGCUCAGCAUGGAUUUCAGCUCCUACUACAACCGGGUCCACGUCCUGGGGGAGCCAUUCCCACACCUCUUUGACCAGAUGUUUGCCCGCCUCCAGCUGCUGGGAGCAGUGAGGGAUGUGUUCCACAGUGCGCUGGCGACUCUGCACCUCCCUCCUCUCAACCAGAUCUGAGCCACCACUGAAGCACCAUGCCAUGGUGUGACAGGCACCAGGACAACAUGCCAUGGGGGGAAAAGGACAGGUCACAUCCCCCCAGCAAGGCAGGGGGCUGCCUGAUGGUCAGGCAGGGAGACAGGCCUUCCCCUCCUGCUGCCAUGUUUUGAGGCUUUGGUUAUGUGCAGCCUGUGGCUGUGCCCAGCAUGGGAGAUGGGUGUGCCUGCUACAUCCACACUAGCAGAAGGAAGGAUGCCUGUGGCACCCUUGCAAGCCAGGCUGGGGAAUGCUGGAGGAGGCAGUGCUAAGGACCAGGACACCACACAGCCAGGCACCAACCUUGCUUCCCUCAAAGCCAUUUAUUGAAGGUUGCUCCGUGCUGGCAGGGAGCUCCUGAGGCUAAAGGCUCUUGUCGGACCUGGGGCCAGGGCCCAGUACCGGGGUCCAAUACACUUGUUGCUGGACAAA